UGUGGUGUGAUGGGAUCGGAUCUGAUGCGUGCGUGCUUUCGUUCGGUAGUCGUGGUGUGUGGGUGUAAAUAGUGCAUACGGUGUUUCACUUAUUUGUUUUAGCUUAAUCGUAUCAAACACAAUACCCGAGUCAAUAUAAUUUAAAUAAGUUUUCAAGAGUUUUAACUUAAAUUCGAAUUACAAAAUAUACCGGGAAUCGAUAAUAAAGUGAAAAUUACUGCCGCAGUGCCGCUGCAUUAUUCUUGUUGGAUUCCUAGCUAGCACUUUGGGACUUUUAAUUUGACAAAGAGUCAAGAUGAGUGUGUUCAAGACUAUGGUCUCUUUGGCAGUCGACCAUGGCAGGGUUGGAUUGAGAAUUACCAAAAAUUCUCCAUUCCGGCCGCUGCUGUCAUGCGCGCCGGUCGCCAUGAUGACCAUGGACCGGGGUGCGCACACGCAGGACAUCACCAAAAACAUCCAGUACAUCAGCAACGACAAGGUCAAGUUGACCGCCGACCCCGCCACUAUGAAACUUGACAAGCUACCAAACAAGCCUAUCUGCGUUAUGAUCAACUGGCUCCUGGCUCGGCAGAAGCACGUGAUGAAGUACGCCACCCUGUACCUGGAGCAGGGCUUCGACGUGGUCUCCGUGUCCUGCACACCCUGGCAGCUCAUGUGGCCCCUGAAGGGGUCACAGCUGGUAGCCCGCGACGCCAUCAGGCUGAUGGCUGAGAACGACAACGGGCAGCCACUGGUGGUACACGGGUUCUCGGUCGGCGGGUACAUCAUGGGUGAAAUGUGUGUCGAGGUCAUGAAGGAUAAGGAGAGGUUGCAACCAGCUAUGGACCGCGUGGUGGCCCAGGUGUGGGAUUCGGCGGCUGACAUCAGCGAGUUGACCAUCGGCGUCCCGGCGGCCGUCUUCCCCAAGAACAGAAUCAUGCAGAAGACGCUCAGGGCUUACAUGGAAUAUCACCUGAAGACCUUCCACGAAGCAGCCACCAUCCACUACAUAAGGUCGUCGCAGAUGUUCCACACCAACCUGUGCAGGGCUCCGGCCCUGUUCCUGCUCUCCAAGAGCGACCCCGUGGGGGCCGAGUCCAGCAACAAGUCUGUCCACGACAGCUGGGUCAAGAUGGGAGUCAAGUGCACCUGGAAAUGCUGGGACCGUUCGCCGCACGUCCAGCAUUACAUCAAGCACCCGCAGGAGUACCUGGCCGCUCUCUACGCCCACCUGGACUCUUACGGGCUCGUCUCGCAGCCGGAGAAGAUGCGGUUAAGGUUAUAAUGCCGUGAACAACUUGUGUAGGUACCUACACGGAAGACGGUCUGGACGUCGGAAUUCAAAUUUUUCAGAAUGUUAAAAUGACUCGGAAUUACGUUUUUUCUUUUACCCCUCUGAUAUUUUUAUAAAUAUUUAUAAAUAAUCAUGCAAUAAAACCACAGGAUAGCUUGGAUACGAAUGCCAUUUUCAAGAUGCGCGCGCAUGGUACGCCGCACCACAGAUAAACAAGAACAUAACAAUAAAGAGUUUGUUUAACAUUUCAAACUGCUUUGAACAUAUAUGUAUAUCACCCUCUAAUUUUUUUUCUUAUUGGUGUAAAUUAAAAGGCUUACCUUGGGCUCCUUUCCAGAGAAGUUGGGAUGUAGUAACCGGGAUGUUAUUACCGAGACAUCUAAAGACAUCUGGCGUUGUAGACGUCUUAACCUCUUAGCCAAGAGGAUGGAGGUGUAUUUCAUGAAAAUAAUUAUCUCAUUCUCUUAUUUCGAAUUUUAUAGUGUUAUUAGAAAGAGACAAAUUGUUUUAUAGACUCUGUCAACGCGGUAUAGGAUUGAUAAGUUAUAUUUUUAUGUAAAAAAAGAGACAGAGGAGAAAACAUUUCAAAGUCAUUGUUCUAUUCUGUAUUAUAAUUUUGUUAAAAAUAAUUUUAGCUUCCAGUCCUAAUUUACUUCCGUGUGUAGAUCGUACUUGGAUUGGAAUGGCGUUUGAAUCACCCCGUCAUUAAAAAUAUUGGAAAAUAUAUAUAAUAUAUGUAUAUAUAAAAUUGGCCCACUUGUGGCGUACAAAAUUUGCUACUUUACGCCUUAUAUCUAAUGUAUAAAGAAAUGGUGACUUACUGACUCAUCCGGCUAAAGUUGGCGAAUUAUUUUCAGUUUUUAAUUUAGGUGACAAAAAAGAAUCGUAACCAAAUAAGAUUUCGAAAUAUUUAGACAUCAUCCAAGUACGUUUUAUUGGCUAUGUUAGACUAAGGUGUGAUUCUGAUUCUAAAUUUCCUGUAUACACUACUGUACCAGAUAUUUAAUUUCGAUUUCUUUUUAUAUAAACAAAAUAUAAAUGAAAAAUAACUGUCUACUGGAAGAGAUUUCUUUGGAAAUUAUCAGAACCUAUGUACUUUUAUUCCUUGUGUUCAUCAUUCAUAUAUGUUUUUGUGUAUAUUAAUGGGUAACACAUUUUUUUUUAUCAAAAAAAGCUUGACUUUUAAUUCUGAAUUUAAUAAAUGAUUUUGACAUGGCUCCGAAAGUAAUUUGCAAAAGUAAGAGUAUAAUUAAAUAAAAAGAAAGAGAAAUAAUAAUGUAUUACACAUAUAUUAGCAAAUUUAAUAAGAAUCGCACCUCAGUUAUGUGUUUGUAAAUUUUAUGGAAAAAAAAAGUUUAAAGUCGGUGCAACUAUAUUGUUUCAUUGUAAACCUUUAUAAGGCCGCGGUGAAUUUAUUUUAAAUAAUUGAGUGAGCCUUAAAUUUUAUGGGACUCAAUAAAUUUUAAAUAUAUCUCUGCCUACCGCCUUUGAAGAAUUUAAACUUUGGACGUUACCCGUUCUUUCUUAUUAUUGUUCUGUGAUUUUUUGAUUUUUUUUGUUAACGACUUUAAUUUAAUGAACCGAAUUGGUGCAUGUCGGUUGAAAAGGUCCUUUCUCAAGUCUAAUGAGGUGUAAUGUGUUACCUGGCUGUUGCCCGCGGAUUCGUCUGCGGUUGAUAUAACUUAACGAAGGGUUACAUGUAACACCAUGUCCUUGAACUUAGUGACAUGGAAGUUUAAUUUAUCGCAGAAAUACCUACAAACGUUUGGUUGGGAGUUUGUUAUAAAAAAUGACUCUUUUAAAUUAAAACUAUGUUUACCUAAGAUAAUUGUCAAUUUAAGAUGCCUUACUAUGUUACUAUAUUCCAUUGUAGGUAGUUUUUUUUUCAUAUCUACAAAAAUAAUUUUCAUUUUACAUGACAACAAUAUUUGUAAUUUUACUAAGAUUGCGUCGUUUUACGAUUACUUAAAGACGAAGUAUGUAGUUGUUAAUUAGUUUAAGUAUAGAACAAACAUAUUACAUUGAAUUUAUUCACUUAGUUGUAGUUUUUUGAAGGAAAAAAGUGUGAAGUCUACUAUUUUAUGUAACAAUAUUGUUAAUAUAUGUAUAACACUUUGUUAUUUACAUAUUGCUCAGAAUUGACGAACAUUUUGGGUAAAAUCGGUGAUAAAAAUUGUCAUGUUUGUGAGCUCCAGCAAUCGGUGUCCUAUUCGGGUAGUUAAGAUGUUUUAUUUUUAAGAUUUUUAUAACGUAGUAAAAACUUAUGCACUAUUCUUAGAUUUAUAUUAUGUCGUGAAUAAAAUUAUUUAAAACCUU